AUGGUAUCAACUGAAAAGGGCAUCGCAUACGCAGAAAUUAUUGCAUAUGCUAUCGCCUUACCAAUCGCUAUCUUUGUGAUUUUCUCACAGGGUUUCAAGAAGAAGCUUGGUUGGGUAUACCUCGGAUUGUUUUCUGUCGUCAGGAUUGCCGGCGCAAUGUUUGAGCUUCGAAGUAUACAUAACCUUGCUAAUACCAGUGAUGCGAAAUGCUCGAUUAUUCUGCAGUCUGUUGGGAUAUCGCCUUUGUUCAUGGCUACAUAUGGUUUACUUUCUAGGACUACUGAUAUAAUAUCUGGUUAUGCAAAAGCUGAAACGCCUUUUGAGAUGCAAAAUAGCGGAUAA